GAUGCUCUGGCCCUCUAGGAAUAGAAGGAGGAAUUGUGUCAAACCAACAAAUCACUGCGUCAUCCACUCAUCGAGCUCUUUUUAGACUGCAGAAAUGGUAUCCAUACUAUGCACGACUUAAUAAGAAGGGUCUUAUAAAUGCUUGGACUGCUGCAGAAAAUGACAGAUUGCCAUGGAUUCAGAUAAACUUGCAGAGGAAGAUGAGAGUCACUGGCGUUAUAACUCAAGGUGCCAAGAGGAUAGGAAGUCCAGAAUACAUAAAAUCUUACAAAAUUGCAUAUAGUAAUAAUGGGAAAUCGUGGACAAUGUACAAAGUAAAAGGCACAAAUGAAGAUAUGGUAUUCCGUGGAAAUAUAGACAACAACACUCCUUAUGCCAACUCCUUCACACCACCAAUAAAGUCGCAGUACAUACGGCUGUAUCCUCAGGUUUGUAGAAGGCACUGUACUUUGAGAAUGGAACUUCUUGGCUGUGAAUUAUCAGGUUGCUCGGAACCCCUGGGGAUGAAAUCAGGACAUAUACAGGACUAUCAAAUUACUGCCUCCAGUGUUUUCCGAACUCUCAACAUGGACAUGUUCACUUGGGAACCUAGGAAAGCCCGUCUUGACAAGCAAGGCAAAGUUAAUGCCUGGACCUCUGGCCACAAUGACCAGUCGCAGUGGUUGCAG